GGGUGAAGCAGGACAGCCUGGCGAGCAGCCUGUUUGGACUAGCCGAGGCGUCUCUGAAGAAGACGACUGUGAAGGAGGACAGCUUGGAGUUCCAGCGUGGAGAGGCAGGACAGAAAAAUCGACUGGCUUAGAAUAACUUGGUGUACAUGAGGACCGAAGGACACGUUUUGGGCACACGAGAGACUCAACAUGCACCGAAUAACGGGGAAAGCCGGAGGGGACAGUUUGAUUGAGAUGAGCCCAUCUGACUCUUUCAAUGAUGAUAUCAAUGGCUACCAUCAAAAUGCGUCAGCCAGCGCAGGAUCCUUCCAGCAGGGACAAUCAGAGUCUCCUUUAACACCUGAUGUGUGUGUAGAGACCUGUGAGUCUCUCAACACCAGCCUGGCCUCCCUGGCCCCGUCUGACCACAGCGACAGUCCGCAUUUUGAGGAUCAGACCUUAGAGCGAAUCAAUGCUUUGACUGGGCUGGCGAGAAAGCGGGCGCUAUUCCUGAAGUUUCGUUCCAGGAUUGACAAACAGCAACACAGUAAGGACUCCGUGUUCUUCCGUGAUGGACUGCGCAGGAUUGAUUUUGUCCUGUCCUAUGUUGACGAUAAAGACGGUGAGAGGAAACAGGAGAGGAGGAAGGUGUAUGAGGCUAAUCUAGUGAAUGUCGGCCUGGAGCUGGAAACUGAAGAUAAAUCGGAGUCAGAAGAUGGAAAGACUUACUUUGUGAAGAUCCACGCUCCAUGGGAAGUUUUGGCCACCUACGCAGAUGUGCUGAAGAUCAAGGUGCCAUUCAAGGCCAAUGACAUCCCAGACACCAAGGAGAUGCCCAUGAACUGGCUGUCCACCCCCUUUCGUCUGCCGGAGCACGUCAUGCACCCCGAGCCAGACUAUUUUACAGCUCCCUUCAACAAGAGCAAGACUGACUUCUUCCUCAUUGAUGACAAAGACACGUUCUUCCCGCCAUCAGUUCGCAACAGGAUAGUCUUCUACAUCCUGUCCCGCUGCUCGUACUACAGGGAUGAAUGUGCAGAUAAAGACAAGAAAGGGAUCAAGAGGUUACUCAACAAUGGCACCUACACUGCUGCCUUCCCCCUGCAUGAUUGUAGAUACACAACAAGAUCGAGGGAUGCAAACUGCGAAAGUGAGAGAUACAAUCUUUACAAACACUGGGCCAGAUUCUUUUGUUUCUUCAAGGAGCAGCCCCUCAAUCUCAUAAGGAAGUAUUAUGGGGAGAAGAUAGGUAUUUAUUUUGCGUGGCUGGGCUUCUACACUGAGAUGCUGCUGUUUGCUGCAGUAGUCGGGACUAUUUGUUUCAUUUACGGAUUCCUCACCUACGAUGACAAUGAAUGGAGUAAAGAAAUAUGUAAUCCUGAUACUGGAGGCAAAAUCAUCAUGUGCCCACUGUGUGACAAGAAAUGUGGCUACUGGAAACUCAACUCAACAUGCAACUCCUCCUGGCAAUCGCACCUAUUUGACAAUGUGGCAACAGUGUUUUUUGCCAUAUUUAUGGGAAUAUGGGUGACACUGUUCCUGGAGUUCUGGAAGAGGCGGCAGGCUCGUCUCGAGUACGAGUGGGAUCUGGUCGACUUUGAGGAGGAACAACAGCAGCUGCAGCUUCGGCCAGAGUACGAGACCAAGUGCACCAACCGCAAGCUGAACCGCAUCACUCAGGAAACGGAGUGGGUUCUUGACAGGACUGCUACAGAUAUAAUGGGGAAGUUGUUGCUGUGCUGGGCCACCGUGUUGCUCUGGAUCUCAUUGAUCAUUGCCUGCAUCAUUGGGGUGAUAGCGUACCGCCUGGCGGUAUACGCAGCCUUCGCCAGCAUCAUGAAGGACAAUCCCACCUCCCACCUGCAGGUGGUUGGCCCCUACAUCACGCCACAGCUGGCCACCUCUGUCACCGCCUCCUGCAUCAACUUUGUCAUCAUCAUGAUCCUCAACCUCAUGUAUGAGAGAGUGGCUGUUUGGAUCACUGACAUGGAAAUUCCCAAAACCCACAUGGAGUAUGAGAACAAACUGACGGUGAAGAUGUUCCUCUUCCAGUUUGUCAACUACUACUCUUCCUGCUUCUACGUGGCUUUCUUUAAGGGCAAGUUUGUCGGCUAUCCUGGAAAAUAUGAAUACAUGUUUGGCAGCAAACUCAGGAAUGAAGAGUGUGACCCUGGUGGCUGUUUGAUUGAGUUGACCACCCAGCUGGUGAUAGUGAUGACUGGUAAACAGGUGUGGGGCAACAUCCAGGAGGCGCUGGUCCCGUGGCUGAUGAACUGGUGGGGCAGCAGGAAAGCACGAAACCACCCAGAGAGUCUGUACAGCCGCUGGGAGCAGGACCACGACCUGCAGGGCUUUGGACAACUGGGUCUCUUCUAUGAGUACCUGGAAAUGGUGAUCCAGUUUGGUUUCAUCACUCUGUUCGUCGCCUCCUUCCCCCUGGCACCCCUGCUGGCACUCUUCAACAACAUCAUCGAGGUUAGAGUGGACGCCUGGAAGCUCACCACUCAGUUCAGACGUCCUGUGGCAGCCAAGGCCCACAGCAUCGGAGCCUGGCAGGAAAUCCUCAACGGGAUGGCCGUGCUCUCUGUGGUCACAAAUGCGUUCAUUGUGGCCUUCACCUCUGAUAUGAUACCCCGGCUCGUGUACAUGUACGCCUACCAGCCAGAUGGUGAGAUGAAUAUGAAAGGCUACAUAAACAAUAGCCUGUCUGUGUUUAAUAUCUCCGAGAUCCGGCUGGCCAACAGGCCCGAUGACGGAGAGAGCCCUUCCUGGUUCAACAGCUCCAUCACUACCUGCAGGUAUCGUGAUUACCGCUACCCUCCCGGCCAUGAGAAGCAGUACUCCCACACGAUGCAGUUCUGGCAUAUUCUGGCUGCCAAGCUGGCUUUCAUCAUCAUCAUGGAGCACGUCGUGUUCCUGGUCAAAUUCUUUGUGGCCUGGAUGAUCCCCGAUGUCCCCACUGAAGUGAGGGCUCGGAUAAAGAGAGAGCGCUACCUGGUUCAGGAGUAUCUCCACAACUAUGAAGUGGAGAAGCUGAAGAUCCAACUCAGCCAGAACGGCCACAAUGACUGUACCUGCACGCCCAUGAUCUACCCGUCUAUCAAGCAUGAGGUGCUGUCAGAGUGCCUCUAGCCCAGAGAGCUGCUGGUCAAUCAGCCGGGCAUGAUGGGAGGACACAGUGAUGUAGAUUUCCCUGCUCGUGUAUCAUGAUACUGAACACCACUUCGCAGUAGUGCCUGUUGAUUGUGCAGCACACACACACAAAUUAAACAGCUAGAGGCUUCCUCAUUUCACAGCCAUCCCUCUCGUACUAAUCUGCUGAUAGUGGACGUGCACACCGGUGAAAAAGUCUUUGCGCAUGUUGAAACACGCAUUUAAACCUCUGUCUCAUAUUUAUGGCUCUUCACUCUCUAUGUUGUAAGUGCUGAUGGUAAUCAACAUCUGCUGUAAGAAAAGAAACUCUUUUACACUGUGUCUAAGCCAGACAACUUCCUCUUAUUUUUAUAUAUACGACUAUUUAUUUAAGUGCCACUAUGAGUAACCAAAGACUAGAUGCCUUAAUAUAUCACACACUCAUUGUUGGUUCUCUCUGCCACUAGAAUAACAUAUGAUAUCAUCUAGAAACUGGGAGCUUGCUUAUUAUGGGGCUCUGAGUGUUUUGAUCUUUGUAUGCACAGCUGUAUGAAAUGUUCCAGUAUCAUACUGUUAAGUUUAUGUUUAACUCAAUUUUUUAUUUUUUUUUCAUAGUUACAGCAACAAAUGUGUGUCACUUCAUUGUCAGUUAAUAGGCUGGUAAUAUUUUGCUGGAAAGGGGGACUACGCCCAUUUUCAAAAUUCAUAUGUUGUUCUAAAGGUCUCAAACAGUCCAAAAAUAGUAGUAAACAUGAACAACCCUCCAAAAUCCAAAAACCAGAGUGCUAAACCUUGAAUUUGUGAUGUUAUGAGGUAUAAAAUCUCACUGCUCCACAAACAAUGAAUUGGGAAAGAUGUUCUAGAUCAGAGGUCUUCAGUGUUUUUUAGGCCAGAUGGAUGGAGUGUAGUUGCAUCAGGGAUAAUGUGUAGCUGUAGCUUCCCAGUCAGCAGCAGUUAUAGCAUAGCUAGGUGCGUUAGCCUCACCCUCUGCAUAUUCACAAAUGGCUUCUGAGGUGGACGGCAUGCCAGUCUAUUACUUGAAAAAUUACAAAACGAUCCACUUUGGCUCAGAAAAAUGUCUUACACUAUGAAUAAUAAUAAAGCUAAUCGGCCAGUAUGUUUCAGUAGUGUGUUAGUGUUAACUAACUGUUCACCUUGCCUUUGUGGAUGAGUGCAGUUAAGUGAUAAAGUGUUAACUAGCUCUAUCAUGAAGUUGUGUCCUGUUAACUGAAUGGGGUUAUUUUAUGUAUAGGCCCCCAUCAGUAACACUCAGGACCACCUAGGGGGCGCGGACCCCCUGUUGAAGACCUAGACUCUAGAUGACACUGAGAGCACACAGGGGAAUGUUCUGAGUACAUGGGUACAUUUUCGGUUUUAAAACUGAGAACAUUAUAUCUCAUUCGGGUAUAUAAAAACAAAAAUUCUGUGGCUCCACAAAAUCAGACUCCCAUUCGUUGUCAGUGGAGCAGCUCCAGAUUUUAUACACUAUGACACCAGAAGUUUACUUUUGUGGUUUUUGACUUGGACAUAGAUUAGCUCAUGUUCACAAAUAUUGAUUGAACUUCCCUAGGCUGUUAAAAUAUCAUGUACAGUUUUUAUUUAGGUGGUGUUCCCCUUUAAUCUCAUAACAGCCCAACGGUUUCUCCAGGCCUAAAUCUGACGUGAAGUAGCCUUUUUUUUGAAGACAUAUCUGUGCAGCUGUUAGUACUGUGAGUAAGGGCAGAUUUUGUCCUGCAAAAGGCCAGUUGUUUAGCAGCAGCAGCUGGUGCAUGUUGACUGUUGACAGUCCUGUUGAGAAAAGAAAAAGCCCUGAGAGAGUGAAGAGAUCCCUUUUUAAUGUGCCUCUGUUUACCAACAUAUCGGCGCUAAUGAAAGCCUGCCCCUACCUACUGAACUAUGUUUGCUCCAUUACACAAAGCACGUCAGCCAUCACCCAGUUCUUGUGCUCCUCGUUUCCUCGCUUGUCUGCAUUGAGAGGGAAAGAUACACAUUUUUUUUUUUUUAUUUUGCACAAAGCACUUAAUGAAACCUGACAACAGAGACAUAAACAUGUCAGUGUAAUUGUCAUGACACUACGUGUUCAUAAUCAGUGUUUUGAAGCAGAAGUAUGUGAUAAUCUGUGUUUAUUUAAAUGGAACAAGUCGCUAUAGGUGAGAUGGAGAAUUUGAUAUUUAUAUCGAGCUUAAAUAACCAACAAGGAAAAAAGAUGUAGCUUUUUGUUUUAAUAUUAUAUGAAGGACAUUUCAUGUUUAUUUGGCUGCCUAUGUAGAAAUAUGUGAGAAGUAUCUUUGUUGAACUAAUCUAAUUUAGAUAAAAUAGCUGGCUGGCUGUGCUAAAAAAAACUCAGGCAACUAAAUGUGUUUGAGAUGCAUGUAGACGUGACCGCGUAGCCGAAAGCGACGUUGGACUGAUCCAGUUUGCCUUUUUCAUGCUAUUCGCUCAGCUAAACUAUUGCCUGUUGAUGCCUUAAUACGUCUAAUACCUUGUGUUUUCUGUUUUUUUUUUCCCUGUAUAUCUUUUUUUAUGUCUUCUUCUUGUUAUGUUGUAGUUAAAAUAUUUUAUUUUAUACUGUUACCAUGCUUUGAAAAAAAGGUGAACCUGUUUACUGUAUGCUUAAAGUUACAAUUUCAUGUUUUCAUUAUUUCUUUCUGUCAUUUUUGUAACUGUCUUGUAUCCAAAUGCGUAAACAAAGAAAAAAACUCCAAAAUAAAGAAGCAGUUAAACUUGA